UUCGUCUCCCUCUACUGCUCUCUCACUGCCGUCAGUGAUUCGCGGCAGUGGACGGCGGUGAAGUGAGGAAGACAUGUUCAUGCCGAGUGCCUUUGCUGGUACCAGCAUUCACAACAUCGACCCGGAGUCUGAGCGAGAUCCUCCGAAAGAUGCUACUCCCGUGACUUUUCCUACUCGACCGGUACCACCGACCAGACCGUGGAGCGAUGCUCUGCCUCCGCCGAACCUUCGAGGACUCUACUCCCGGAUCAUGAAGUUGUCCGACAUCUGCGAUGACCACCUGGAAGCUCUGAACAUCCAGGUCUUGCCUGACUGCAGUCCCGAGGACCUCAUCCCAAAAGUUCCGGAUGGGAAAUCGUACUUCCCUGCUCUCUCGUCCGACUCCACUCCCAUCAUCAACGGAGGCACAUCCUACGCAGACGCCACGAAAGCCGAUCCAGCCACGGCUAAGAAGCGGGCUGAGUUCGAAGAACGCCUGGCUGAGCUUCGGAUAGAUAAUGACACAGCUUUCCGAAUCAUCACCCGAUCGACCAAACCUGGAGUUAACAAGCCGAAACUGGCCUACCUGAGGAAGUUCUGGGAGGGCUUGGAGAGCAUGUCUGAGUAUUGGGAUACCAGUCUGGAUCAAAUUUACGAAGGAGUGCCGUCAUCAGCGGCUGGAGGAAGCGAUGGAAAGCGUCAGCGGUUGGACUCUGUGCACGGCGAGGAGAACGGCAAAGAAAACGGCAAAGAGAACGACAGCUUCGAAGCGACCAACCAGACGCCGAGUCUCGACAUCACUCCUCCUCCAGAAGCAUGUCCCACACCAACCCAGCCCACGACCAACACUUGUCUUCUCUACAAAGGUCGUCGCAUCUCCACAGGCCGCGACAUGCCUGAUUCUUUCCGAUCCGACACGCUCAAGACCUUUCUUGAAGCUGUCACUUGGCCCUUCAAUUGCAACGUGACUGCACCGCGACGACUACCAAUCCUACAAAUGAAUCAUCUCAAUGUGCCCGUCCGGCAGACCGCAGCUGUGUACCGCGUUCCCACCGAGCGACGAAAAGCAAGGGCGGGAUUCAUUGAAGGUCCGAUCAUGGGACUGCAACCUCGACCAGAGACGGAAUUCGACGCCGUCGGGAUGGAGGAUCGUCAGAGGAACGGGAAAGCGCGACUGGAUGCCAUGAGGGAAGUUGGCGGUCUGCUGCAGCUGGCUCAGGAGAGGAGCAGGAAGGGCAAGAUGGAGAAGAAGCCAGGAGAGGGACACUGGUGGACGGAGAAGCCGAGAUGGGGUGGAGGUAAAGGUGGUGAGGUAGAGGCAGAGGGCUUGAACGCUGAGAGUAAAGAUGUGUUGAUGGUGGAUGGAGAUGGUAUCGCUGCUCCACCGCCACCGCCGAUCGCGAAGCUGCCGCCGAGUCGGAGGAGGAAGACGCCUGCUAUGCUCUGGUCGGAGUUGAAGUGCGGCAGCUCACUCUGGGAUGCGAAGACGGAGUACGAGGCGAUUGGCAAAGAUCCUGACUCCGAGUGGGAUGAGAUCUUCCAAGUCUCCUCCCUAAACCACCACGUCUCCAUUCUCAAACUCACAGUCCACAACGCAUACACCGAAUACAUCACCACCGGCCAGAUGCCCAUGUCGCCACCACAAUCCGCGACCGACGAGAACGGCGAAGAGCGUCAGUGGCACACGCCGAAACUACAGCGUACGAGAUGGUACGAUUUGUUCAAUGUCGAUGACCGAGUCGAGGCUUUCCGAGCUCUUUGGGGCGUGAUGGAGUGGUUGACGAGGUAUCCACAAGGCUCGAAUGCGUCUCCUUCUUAG